CGUACAUCACCGGAUUGGGAAAGGGUUAAAUGUGUUAAUCUCGCCAACCCGUGCUUUGUUUUUGCUUUUCCACAGGGCAGCGAUGAAGCGGCAUGGGAUGAGAUCUGGGCAAGCAGGAAAAUUAUUUUACUUCUUAGCCUCUAAUAAUCGACGCAAAAUUGAUUUGGAAUAAAAUUAUUAAACCCUAUAAAUUGAGGAAUCAAUUCGUUAAAGCCAUCCUGAGCUAUUUUUUGUUGUUGCUUUAAUCUAUUUUCUUUCCAAUGAAACUUAACUUGGCACCGUUGAAAAGAUCGGUUACAACCAGCCUAAGGACGACCAAAACAAAUUAAGAGAUUGCAGGAAAGAGGUAAUCGGUCAGCGGAAACCUACGCAGCUUAGCAAACUAUGUUUUUUAAUCGACAACGCUAGCACAGAAGCAGCAGCAGCAAAUGCAAAUGUUGACUCCAGUGGAAGGAUGGUGAGAAACGAACGAACAAUUCACUUGCCACAGCAUCUCCAGAUUUACACCUGAAGUAGCACCAGUGGAGGCCACUGAACCCGAGUGUCGACUGCGAGCGAGCACAGCUAAAACUGGCCAAUCGGCGGACUCGCGUCGCGAUGAAGGGACUCACGGGAAGCCACACUCAGCCGCAGCUGAGCUCGAUGGCUUCCGGCGGCAGUCUGGGCGGCCUCAGCGGGGGCGGCGGCCCCAUGAUGUCGGACGAGACGCUGCGGGCCACGGCGGUGGGCGACGGCUCGCGGAGGGCCUACAUGCUGGGGCCUCCGCCGCCGCUGCUGGAGCACGUGGCGGGGGGGGGCCCGCCGUCCGUGGCGGCGCACCACGGCCUCAUCAUGCCCGGCGUGCCGCCCCACGGCGGCGCUGCGUCGGUGUCGCGCGCCUCCAUGCAGGUGGAGAUGGCGGGGAUGGCGGGCAGCGGCUCCCACCCACACGGGUUCCCGCUCGUGCUCACCGAGCAGCUGAGCGCCAGCAGCACCUUCCCCAGGAUGCACCACUACGCUGGCGGCGGAGGUGGUGGCGGUGGCAUCAGCAUGAUGUCCGGUGGUGGCGGGGGCGGUGGCGGCGGCGGCAUCCUGCCCUCGCCCUCCUACUACGACCCGCGAGACGACGGCUCCAUGACGCUGGCGCACCCGGGCAGCCUCUCGGGCCGCAUCCACCGCCUGCCCACCAACCUGCUGGACCAGUUCGAGCGACAGCUGCCGAUGCACGGGCGCGACGGCUUUCGCACGCUGCAGUACCAGCGCCUCACCCUCGAGCAGCGCAGCAACAGCUCGGGGCGCAUCCGCCACCUCGUGCACUCGGUGCAGCGCCUCUUCACCAAGUCGCACUCGCUCGAGGGGCCCGGCAAGGGCCUCAACGGCGGCCUGAGGGCCGACGCGCACCGCCGCCAAGGCAAGGGCGGCAAGGACCGCCGCGCGCAACAGGACUCCGCUGCCGCCGCCGCUGCCGCCAAACAAGUGAAGCCCGGGGCGGCGGGGCCGGCGGGCGCCGGCGGGGGAGCGGCCCCGCCGGUGGGCGGCACACUCGACAAGGCCUGCAGCGGCAGCGCGGGGGGAUCGUCUGCCAGCAGCUGGUGGAGCUCCGACACGACCCUCGACCACCACCACCACCAGCAGCAGCAGCAGCACCACCACCACAUGGGCGUUGGGAUUGGCAUUCUGACAUCCCCGGUGGGAGGGAUGGGGGGCCUGUCGGGCUCCGGUGGGGGCCUCCAGGCCAUGGGGCUUCAUGGAGCCGGGCCGCCCGGUGGUGGCGGCGGCGGCGGCAGCGGAGGGAGAUUUGGGAUGGUGCCGACAGGCGGAGGCUGUGGUAUGCCGCCGGUGGGGAGGUUGGGGUCCGUCGGUGGCGGCGGUGGUGGGGGAAUCAGCAUGGCGAGCACCGCGCUCGGCAUGGGCAUCCUGAGCUCGGCGGGCGGCUUGGGGCCUGGCUCGGAGCCCCCCGGAGUAUCGUACUACAUGGACCCGCCGUGCCCCAGCUACGACGAGCUGCCCCCGCCAGGCACGGGCGGCAGUGGCGGUGGGCCCUCCUCGUCUGCGUUGGCCUCAGCCUCGAUGUCGGCGCAAACGGCCGAUGAGGCAAAGUACAUCAAGCACGGCACGUGGACGGCUCUCACCAUCAACAAGGCGCAGGAGGUGUACCGCAAGGCGUCCCUCAACCUGGAGCGGGGAGACAAGUCGGGGCCCUGCCACUAUCUUCAGGUCCCGCGCGAAGGCUGGAGCACGCUGCCCGAGAGCGGCGGCCGCAGCGGCGACAGCGAGAUCCCGUGCCGCCGCAUGCGCAGCGGCAGCUACAUCAAGGCGAUGGACGAGGAGGAGACCGACGAGGAGGACGAGGACGAGGAGGAGGAGGAAGAGGAGGAGGACAGGGCACGCGAGGAUCGCGACGACGAGGGAGACGACGACGAGGCGGACGAGGCGGCCGACGAGAUGGAGGCGGCGCCGCUGCCCAAGCUGUCGCUGCACGGCGCGUGCCGGCGCGAGAGCUACCUCAAGGCGACGGGACAGCAGAGCCUGGGCCAGAGCCUGAACGAGCAGGCCUGUCUCAAGGGCUCCCCGAAGAUCUACGCGCGGAGCCACAGCUACCUGCGCGCAGUGAGCGCGGUGUCCAUCAACCGCAGCACGGAGAGCCUGGACGCGAGCACGCUGCUCGGCUCGCCCAAGUUCCGCUCGCGCAACGAGAGCUACAUGCGAGCCAUGAGCGCCAUCAGCCAGGCGAGCGCCAUCAGCCAGGCGAGCUGCAUCAGCCAGGCAAGCUGCAUCAGCCAGGCGAGCUGCAUCAGCCAGCUGAGCGAGGUGGAGGUGAACGGGCAGUUUGAGACGGUGUGUGAGUCGGUGUUCAGCGAGGUGGAGGCGCAGGCGGUGGAGGCGCUCGACCUGCCCGGCUGCUUCCGCACGCGCUCGCACAGCUACCUGCGCGCCAUCCAGGCGGGGUACGUGCGCGACGAGGACGACGACGCCGCCUCCUCGCUGCAGUCCACCUCGCCGCCGCCGCCGCUGCCGCCCCCCGCCACCGCCACGAUCAGCACCAUCAAGACCGUCACCAUCACCACGUACAAGAAGACCCCGCCGCCCGUGCCUCCUCGCACCACCUCGAAGCCGUUCAUCUCCGUCACGGCGCAGAGCAGCACCGAGUCGGCACAGGACGCGUACAUGGAGAGCAGACCGCACGCCCACCACCAUCACCACCACCACCACCAACCGCACCACCACCACCACCAUCAGCAACAACAGCAGCAGCAGCACCAACACCACCAGCAGCAGCAGCAACAGCAGCACCAUCACCACCACGCUGUGCACGGACAGCACCAACAAGGACAGCCGCUGCCCCAGACUCAGACGCCGACGCAGAGACAGCCGCAGGCUCAGAUGCAGGCCCAGACGCAGAUGCAGCCUCGGCAGCUGCACCGGGCCGGCGAUCUGAGCUCGCAGACCACCAACUCGUCCUUCAACCAGGACACGGAGGGGCUCAGCAACUCCUCGGAGAGCCUCGACAGCGCCAAGGCCCUCACGGCCGCCAUGGACGCGGCGGCCGCUCAGAUACACGGGCCCGGGCCCCUGGUGGAACAGAGCCCCACGGUGGAGGAGGAAGACGAGGAGGAAGAAGAAGAGGAGGAAGAGGAGGAGGAGGCAGAGGAAGAAGAGGACGACUCGGAGUCAGAGGAGGAAGAGGAAGAGGAAAUAGAGGUCAAGAGGAAGGAAGAGGAGGAAGAGGAUGAUGAUGAUGAUGAUGACGACGACGAGGAUGAGGAUGACGAGGAGGAGCAGGAGGAGAGGGAGAGGGUUGCACAGACAGAGAGGGAGCGGAAACGGGAGCGGGAGAAAGAGGAAGAGAGGGAGAGGGAACGAGAGCGAGAGAGGGAACGGGAGCAGGAGAGGGAGCAGGAGAGGGAGAGCAAGGAGAUGGAGGAUGAAUGCCGGUGGCCCUUGCAGUGCCCAGCGCAGCGUCGGCAACAGAGCCCCACGGCAGAGCGGGGCCCCAUGGUGGAGCGUGGCUCCACGGCGGAGCGGGGCCCCACGGCGGAGCGGGGCUCCACGGCGGAGCGGGGCGCCGCGGCGGAGCGAGGCUCCACGGCGGAGCGAGGCCCCACGGCGGAGCGGGGCUCCACGGCGGAGCGGGGCCCCACGGCGGAGCUGCCGGUGGAGAGGGCAGCGCUGGCGCUGGCGGACGUGUCUGUUGCGGAGGUUGACGAGCGGCGCUCAUCCAUCGGCAUUCAGGUGGACAGCCCGGCAAAGUCCUCCGACUCGUCGGUCGAGGUGAAGAAGGUCAGCCGCUUCCAAUCCAUCGGCAUCCAGGUGGAGGAUGAGAAGAGGUUCCACCACCGCUUCGCGCGCUCCAACAGCAUCUCGGCGAGCGUGCAGGCGAACCUGUACGAGGGUGACACGCCGGCGCCGGCCCCCGGCGGCCUGGACCGCGUCCACUCUUACCGCGGCCUCAAGCCGCCCCCCCCUCCCCCUCCCCCACGCCGCAGCUCCGACUCCGACGCCCUCGCCGCCUCCACCUCCGCCUCGGCUUCCGCCGCCGCCGCCGCCGCCGUGGCCGCGGCCGCCGAAGCCGCGGUGGCGGCGGCGGCCGCCGUCGCCGCGCACCCGCACGUGACGCGCGGCUACGCCACCACCGGCACCGCGGCCCACGGCUCGCCUGGGCCGCCCCCCCCGAGCCUGGCCACCGCCGGGCCUGAGCCGGCGCGACCGAACCACCACCACCACUACCACGGCGGCAGCCCCCGCUUCGCGCAGAUCCAGCGGCAGGCGGAGGUGGAGCUGGACGACAGCCUGGCAGAUUUCGACCCGGCGGGGCUACCGCCCCCCGAGCCGUGGAUGCCCAACGACGCGAUGGGGCCAUCGCCCGUGCCGCUGCCCUUCAUGCUGCCACCGCCUCCGCCACCGCCUCCGCCUCCGCCGCCGCCGCCGCCGCCACCGCCGCCGCCGCCGCCGGUGCCGCCCCCCCCGCACCAUCUGUCCCGGCACGACGGGCCGUGGUUUGCUCGGUUGCUGCGCGCGGAGCGGGAGCGCAUGGAGGGGUGGUGCUACCAGAUGGAGCGAGAAGCCCGCGAGAAUGAGCUCCCGCAGGAAGUGCUCGGCAAGAUCGCCAACGCGGUGGGCAGCGCCCACGAGCUCAUGACGGAGAAGUUCCAGCAGUUCCACGAGCUGUGUUACCAGUGCACGGACCCUGGCGCGGAUGCGUGGGCUACGUCGCAGGAGAUGGCACGCUUCUGGGAAACGCUGCAGCUCUCCAUCGAGGAGAUCAGCCUCAAGUUCGACGAGCUGCUGCAGCUCCGAGCCAACGACUGGAAAGCGGCCGAGAACGGCGACCGCAAGCGAGAGCAGGACGACAGGAGGGUGGCCCCAACCGCCCAGGCAGACAAGAGGGCACCGUCUCCCCUGGAAGAGUCCAAGUCGUCCCGGAGCUCCUCGCCGCCGCUGCCGCCCCUGCACAUGCUACCGCCGCCGCUGAUGGUGGAGGAGCGGCGCGCCGCUUUCUUCCGCGAGGAGCGGAAGGUGCCGCCUCCGGUGCCCAAGAAACCACCCAAGGGCUCGUUGCCGUCCUUCCCCUGCCGGCAGCGAUCUGUGGACUUCGACAGCCGGCCGCGGGGCUGGCUGGAGGGCGCCGAGGGCCCGCUGGGCGCCGGGGGCGUGGCGGCGGCGGCGGACCGCGCCGCGCGCAUGGAGAAGGCCAGCAGCGUGGAGGCUUCGUUCAUGCCUGAGGCCCAGACGCGGCUUUAGACCAGAGUGUGGGCUCAUGCCAGUCUGUAGAAUGGCGUGUGGCCCUAGUUCGGACUGUUGCUGGGGGCUGGCUUUAGGCCGGAGUGUGGGCACAGGGUAGUUUAUAGGCUUGGAGUAUGAGCUCAUGGCAGGCCUAUCGCCUGGCUCCAGUUCAGGCGAUAGGCCAAAGUGUGGGCCCAGACUCAGUUGUAAGCUGGGGUGUGGCCCCAGGCUAAGCCGUUGGCUUAAGUGGAGUAAAUGAGCUCUGGCAGACAGUCAUGGGCGACGGCUUCCUGGGACACUACUAUGGGAUGUGAAGUUGACAUUUGAGUUCUAUUCUUUUCGGUUUUCCUUUUCUGUACUUGGGCUAUAACUAAAAUGGUUGUUCACAAUCACUAUGCUUCUCUCCAUUAUCUUCACCCAUUGUACUUAUCUACUCGUAAGCGUGUCUGUUUGGUUGUUGUUCUUCUCAGUUCUUUAUUUGUGCCAAACUUUCCUGCUGACGAACAGAGGCCAUCUCCUAGCCCCAAUGUUGUAGGUUAGGAAGCAGAAAAAUCUGCCACACAAAAAUUUACACUGAACAAAAAAACGUCCCUAAAACAACGCUCCUUUAAACCAAACCGCGUUGCUGAGCAGUGUUGGCGAAAUCUCGUUUUCUAAGCCUUUUAUUGGUGCCAACGGGAAGCAGGGCUUGGCAAACAGUGGCUCCAAUCCCACGCCUCGUGACACAUUUAUUCAUAACCACACGGCCAUACCCGGCGCUGAAGCUGGGCCACGGGCAGGCGUCCGUUUGCGAACAGUACAGGGUAUUCAUGAACCUCCGCUAUCGAGGGGACAAUCUUGCGCAGAACGUGCGACCCAUCGCUCUGCCGCCGCUGUGCCCACACGCACUCUGGGCCCAAAGUGUUUUGUGAAGGCCUUUUCGCACCCUGGAGUAACCAUCUUUGCAUUUUUCGUACGGUAGUUAUCAACCCCCCCCCCGCCCCCCCCACUAAUAGCCAUGAGAAAAACAUAAUGAAAAGCCCUGUACCAUAUCAUGCACGCAUUCUUUCAGGCCAUAUUGCAUUUCAAUUCACAUUAACGGCAAGAGGACCACAUCGCCUCACUACAGGGGAAUUUAACGUGAAAGUUACGCAAAGUCACACAAAACGCCAGAGCACAAAUGUAAAUGCAGACAUUUCUGAGCAGUUCGGUGGGGGGGGGGGCACCAAGGCCCACUACCCAACCAUCCCCCACACCCCACCUCCAAGGCUUACAACUCCAAUAGAGCGAGUUUGUUUUGACCCAAUGUGUGUUUUUUAGGAGGUUCCCUCCAUCCACAAGUAUAAGACGACCCGGCGGGAGGGUGAGCGAUGCGGGGGGUGGGGGCGGGGGUUGUAUAAGUUGGGACCCCGCAAUUCGCCAGGCUCGCCCUCCGCACGCGUAUCGUGCACUCGCCACCACGGUGUGCGGUGUCACGGCCGGUCGGUGCUGGUGGUGGCGACACGGUGUGCUGGGCAGGCCACCAACCCCCCACGCUGGGGGUAGCUCAGAUGUUUAAACACUCUGAGAGCGCGCGAACACUUGGGGCACACACUGCGGCGGUGCGGCACUGCCUGCCCCAAGAGGGUGCCGUGGGGGCGAGAUGUUAACUACCUCGCCUGGUAUACAGGAGGUCAUGGGCUCGAUCCCUACGCUGAUGCCUGUUGUAUAUUUGGAGUUUGCAUGUUCUUGGUCACGUGGGUUUUUCUCCGGGUCCUCCGGUUUAUUAUUUCCCCUCUGCAUUUAGAAACAUGCGUUUAGAGCGUUUGUCUGCUAUAAAUUUUCACAUGAUCAGUCAGGUCACUUCUGAAAACAGCUACGUAGCUCAGCGGGCCUUACCUGGUAAUAUAAAAAAAUAAGUUUAAAUAAAAAAUAAACAGUUUAAAGCAACUCAAACCAUGCACGCAAACAUUCGCGGUGCAUACAUGUGUGGGUAGAUAUGCAAGCAUGUCCAUAAGCACAGCCGUCGACAUUCUGACACAUCAAUAUUCCUCGUAAAUAUGGGCUAGCGUCAUGCCUGGCCACGUUUGUUGCUCCAGUACUGAUGUUCAACUGCAUUAGGUACCUAUUUAAGUCGGAAUCGACAUUGGGAAAGCCAAGGACAGGUUCAGAUAACACUUAAUGCCACUGAUUUUAUCUUUCACCUGGAGUCGAACCCCAUGUUAUUCGGGUUCAUAGUGCGUUGUGUGAACCUCUGCACCAGAGCUUCGCACAUACACACGCAUUUCAUAUACAAAGUCAAAGAUCCCCCCCCAUACAGCCUUCAACAGGCCGUUGGGGCAGGUGUUGUUAGCGAUCACCUUUGAAGACCCACACAGAACACAAGGGGGCGGGUGGCAAACACCACACCCAACCGCCUUUGUCUCCCUGGUGCUGAUGUUUACACACCGCAAAAGGUACAAAUUUAAGGCUGAGUCGACCUAGGGGAGGUGCAGGAUCGGCUCAUUCAUACAAAAAACAAAGAUCCCCCAUAUAGCCUUAACAGACUUGGGGAAAGUGCUGUUAGCGAGCAUCUAUGAAGGCCGGAACACUACACGAGGGGGUGGGUGGCCAACACCACGCCCGACCGCCUUUGUCUCCCUAGUGGCGACGUUUAUACACCGCACCAAGUACCCAUUUGAGGCUGAGUCGACCUAGGAGAGGCCCAGGACCGGUACAGAUAAUCGUCACCGGUGUUGGCCGUGAGCGGGAAUCAAACUCGGCUCGCCGGGUUUGUAGAGCAGCGCGCAAAUCACUUCACUACCGCACACGCAUCAAAACACACACUAUACAUAGUUAUACACACACACACAGAAGCAUAUUGCACAAUUGAAUGAAUCCAUGCCACCAGCGCCUGGGUUUUGUAUUCACAGUGGGUGUUGAAAUGGGGCUACACCUAUGGCGUGAUUACCCACGGUCCCGCCGUUAAGUUUAAUGUUUUUUUGACAUUCUACAAAGUGCCAUAUGUACUCUUGCCAUCUAAUAUGUAUAUAAUCUCGUAAUAUACAUACAUGAAAUAUACAUAUAUACAGUAUAUAUAUGAAGCAAAAAAAAACAAGCCACCACCACUACCAGAGAUAGCUACAUGCUCAAUAUUGUCCUUUGUUAUGCGAUACGAAACAGACGAUUGCGGCCAAUGCCAUUACGUAACAUCGACGGCAAUAAUCGUCACCACAAUGUUGACAAGGACGGUGGCGAUGCUAACGGCAAUUCUCUAAAUGUUUUGACCUGCACGCACGCCCAUGAACCCACCAUAUUAGUGUGUAGCCUGUACUCUGGGUCAGGGAUGUGGGGUAAAAGUGACUCACACGAUGUAUUUUCCCCCCUCCCCACGUCUUUUUUUUGUUGUUGCAGAACUGCGUACGCCCGUGUAUUAUAAUACCAAUAAAGUAUGAACUUUGUGAGUGUAGAGGCGAACGGGACUGGCAAAGACAGACGGACGGGUGGAUGGGCGAUUAGGCAGUUGUGUGUGCGUAUGCCUCUUCUAGAUUUUGAAAUGGGGACCUAGGACUUUGAACUUGCAUGGUUCUACUAUCGUGAAGUUCGUGACUCGUUCCGGCUUUUUGCGCUUAGAAAACCCUCCUCCCGUGAUGUGUACCGCACCAUCGCGUCGCGGUAACGUCUGUAUUUAAUGAGCGCUGAGCUGUCAAUCACACGCACACAUUUACACACACACAUUUACACACACACACGCACACAUUUACACACGCACACGUUUACACACACACACAUUUACACACACACACGCACACAUUUACACACACACACGCGCGCACAAAUAUGCAUACGUACACGCACGCACACCCAGGCACAGCGCUUUAUGAUUCAAUUUAAUUUAUUACUCGAAAGUAAGACUAUAUUUAUUUAAAAUAUAUUUUGAUGUAGUGCUCAGUUUACUUGAAAUCAAGUUCGGUUGGUUUUAUUCUGGGAGGUUGGGGUGGUUCAGUAUCAUGCCUCAUAUCAGUAAGCGUGCGUUUGAUUUCAUAUCUUAUAAUAUUUGCUGGUAAAAUGAAUACGUAAAUAAAAAGAAUGAAAGGU